CACAUGGCCGCUCUCCAGUUUCUCUCUCUAAUCAGCGAUGCGCUUAUCAAAGACGCCAGCUUUGUUGUCAUUUUAUUCUUAUUUUAUGUCAAAUAUUCUUAUUUUAUGUCAAAGGAUAAAAAUAAUACGAUGAAAAAGCGCAUUAACAUCUUUCUAAGUGCGAUCUGAAUGACGGGCCUCUGUCUCUAACCUUUCUAUUCUUUUCGCAGCAAGUCUUUUGUGAUGUUGAGAUCUCGUACAACUUACAGAAAAAUUACAAGUGAGAUACAAGAAAGAACUACAUUAAUAUAGCACAUGAGAAUAAAAUAUAUUAAUUAUUCUUGGAAUAUACUUUAACAGACAAUUUGCAAUUAUGACACUAUCUAAGUUUGCAAAUCAAAGCAAGGAGGAACGUAUGGUAAUAGUAAUUGGAGAAAUUAUACAAGAGUUAUUGAAGGCACACAAUGACAAUCGAGACAUUGAUCUAAAUAAAUUAAAGACACGAAUUUCUUCAAAAUAUGGUUUAGACUCUUCCCCAAGAUUAGUUGAUAUUAUUGCAGCAGUACCUAGUUCAGCUAGAAAUAUACUUGUACCAAAAUUAAAGGCUAAACCUAUCAGGACUGCUAGCGGGAUUGCUGUUGUAGCAGUAAUGUGCAAACCACACCGAUGUCCACAUAUUAAUAUGACAGGAAAUAUCUGUGUAUACUGUCCUGGAGGACCAGAUUCUGAUUUUGAAUAUUCAACGCAAUCGUACACAGGAUACGAACCUACAUCGAUGAGAGCUAUACGUGCAAGAUACAAUCCUUUCCUACAAACUAGACAUCGUAUUGAACAGUUAAAACAAUUAGGCCAUAAUGUCGACAAGAUCGAGUUUAUUAUUAUGGGUGGUACUUUCAUGUCUUUAACAGAGGAAUAUAGAGAUUAUUUCAUACGAAAUUUACAUGAUGCAUUGUCCGGUCAUGUAAGUAAUAAUGUUGACGAAGCAGUGAGGUACUCUGAACGUAGUACUACAAAGUGUAUUGGCAUCACUAUUGAGACUCGUCCUGAUUAUUGUCUCAAGAAGCAUCUUUCGGAUAUGUUACAUUACGGUUGCACACGUUUAGAAAUCGGUGUUCAAUCAAUAUAUGAAGAUGUGGCACGUGAUACUAAUAGAGGGCAUACUGUACGUGCUGUAUGUGAAAGUUUUAUACUAGCAAAAGAUGCUGGAUUCAAAGUGAUAGCUCACAUGAUGCCGAAUUUACCCAAUGUUGAUUUAGAGCGAGAUAUCGCACAAUUUAAUGAAUUCUUUAAGAAUCCUGCGUUUCGAGCAGAUGGAUUAAAGAUUUAUCCAACACUGGUUAUACGUGGUACUGGCUUGUAUGAAUUAUGGAAAACUGGGAGAUAUCAAAGUUAUCCGCCCAGUGUAUUAGUUGAUCUUAUAGCUCAUAUUCUAGCUUUGAUACCACCAUGGACCCGUGUUUAUCGCGUACAACGUGAUAUACCUAUGCCACUGGUAACUUCUGGUGUAGAACAUGGGAAUUUACGUGAAUUAGCUCUAGCAAGAAUGAAGGAUAUGGGUACAGAAUGCCGUGAUGUUAGAACACGCGAAGUAGGAAUUCAAGAAAUACACCAUAAAGUUCAACCUUACGAAGUUGAACUUAUACGACGUGAUUAUGUAAGCAAUGGAGGAUGGGAAACAUUUCUAUCAUAUGAAGAUCCUCACAAAGAUAUUCUAAUUGCUUUACUCAGAUUGAGGAAAUGUUCUACCUACACAUUCAGGCCAGAAUUACGAAAAAAAACUUCUAUAAUAAGAGAACUGCAUGUUUAUGGCAGCGUAGUGCCUGUUAGCGCUCGCGAUCCUACAAAAUUUCAACACCAAGGCUUUGGGAUUCUAUUAAUGGAAGAAGCUGAACGAAUUGCAAAAGAAGAACAUCAAUCUAAUAAAAUUAGCAUAAUUUCAGGUGUUGGUGUACGUAAUUAUUAUAGAAAACUGGGAUAUGAACUUGAUGGUCCAUACAUGUCUAAACUGCUUAUAUGAAAUGCCAAUGUGUACUAUUAAAUCUAUGAUAUUCACAAUAUGAAUUACAUGUAUAUUUUCAGUUUACAUUGGAACACAACCUAAUAUGUAUAUAUAAACAAAAAAGAAUGAAAAAUCAUGGAUAUAAUAAAAAUGACUUGCGUCUAUAUGAAAACUCA